UAAAAGCGGAACUCCUCCGCCAUUGCCUCAAACUCCCCUCCGAAACAGGAUUCCUUCUUUUUUUCUCUCUUCCACUUUCUCUCUCUAGAAACCAGUUAUCCCUCUUUAAUUUCUACCCUGUUUUUUUGGGGAAAACAAUUCCCGAUUAUUUCCUUCUUCAUCAGUAGAAAUUAACGGGGGAUUUUAUUGCUGAAUUAUUCAGGAAUUUUUAGCAAUUUUUUAAUUUAGUUUUAAUUCCCCAAAAAAUUGGAAUCGUGAUUUCGCUCGGUUUGGUAUUUAUCUCUCUGUUUCGAUUUAGGGUUUCAUUUGAUCGAUCUGAAGGUGGGGUAGGUUUUGGGUAGAUACGCAUGAGCCGUUUGGUAAAGCUGGGUAUUUCGUCUUCGAAUUCUAACUAUUUCACCUAUUCCAUUCUCCAAUUUACGGAAACCAAUACCUUUUUGUUGUUCCUCUUGUUAUUGAGAUUAUCUAAGCUUUUAUCGAGGUUAAGAUCGGUUGAUUCGUCGAGUAAUUUUAGUUUUAGUAGUAAUUGUUUCUGUAUUGCCGAUUGCCGCUGCCGAUCUUCACUGAGAUAUGGAUUCCACGGACAGCAAGAGUAAUACCCAGCUGCAAACUGCUGUUCGUUAUUCGACCUUGGAGAGGAGAUCGCCUGCCUCACCGUCGGUUAUCGUCAUAGGUGCUGGUUUUGCUGGCAUUGCAGCUGCGAGAGCUCUACAUGAUGCCUCGUUUCAGGUUAUCUUAUUGGAAUCACGGGAUAGAAUUGGUGGACGAGUACAUACUAAUUAUUCAUUUGGUUUCCCUGUUGAUUUGGGUGCAUCGUGGUUACAUGGUGUUUCCAAGGAGAACCCAUUGGCUUCAAUUAUUGGAAGACUGGGACUACCACUUUAUCGGACUAGUGGAGACAACUCAGUUCUGUAUGACCACGAUUUAGAAAGUUAUGCCCUUUUUGAUAUGGAGGGAAAUCAAGUUCCUCAAGAUUUAGUCUCAAAGGUUGGCGUAACAUUUGAGAGCAUCUUGAAAGAGACUGAUCUUGUUAGACAAGAAUCGAGCGAGGACAUGUCCAUACAACGUGCCAUUUCAACUGUUUUUGAGAGAAGACCAGAUUUAAGGUUGGAGGGGCUUGAGCAUAAAGUGUUGCAGUGGUACCUAUGCAGAAUGGAAGGUUGGUUUGCUGCAGAUGCUGAUACGAUAUCACUCAAAGGCUGGGACCAGGAAGAGUUGCUUCCCGGUGGGCAUGGGCUCAUGGUCCGAGGAUACCUUCCUGUCAUUAAUACUCUUGCGAAAGGCCUCGACAUUCGCUUGGGCCAAAGAGUGACAAAAGUAGUUAGGCGAUAUAAUGGCGUAAAGGUAAUUGUAGAAGACGGAAGAACAUUUAUAGCAGAUGCUGCUGUUAUUGCUGUCCCACUCGGUGUACUGAAAUCAAACACCAUUGAAUUUGAGCCACGACUGCCCGAGUGGAAAGAAGAAGCAAUCAACGACCUUGGAGUUGGGAUUGAGAACAAGAUAAUUUUGCACUUCGACAACGUUUUCUGGCCUAAUGUAGAGUUCUUGGGAGUUGUAGCAGAAACUUCGUACGGGUGCAGCUAUUUUCUCAAUUUGCACAAGGCCACAAGCCAUCAAGUGCUUGUUUACAUGCCUUCGGGCCAACUUGCCCGUGAUAUUGAGAAAAUGUCCGACGAGGCUGCUGCUAAUUUUGCCUUUAUACAACUUAAAAGAAUCCUUCCAAAUGCCUCUGAGCCGAUCCAAUACCUCGUUUCACAUUGGGGCUCGGACAAAAACUCGUUGGGUUCUUACAGCUACGACAGAGUUGGAAAAUCCCAUGAUUUGUACGAGAGAUUAAGGAUUCCAGUGGAUAAUUUAUUUUUUGCCGGGGAAGCUACGAGUAUUGAUUAUCCAGGAUCGGUGCAUGGUGCAUACUCCACUGGAUUAAUGGCUGCCGAGGAUUGUAGAAUGCGAGUUUUGGAGCGGUAUGGAGAAUUGGAUCUUUUCCAGCCAGUAAUGGGUGAGGAUGUUCCGAUUUUUGUUCCACCGUUGAUUUCUCGUAUGUAAUUUUCUUAUCCGCCGACUAUAUAUUAUUACAAACGGGAUUUUAGUGAUUUGAUGAUAAAAUGGUGUUGUACUUAACUGGUUGCUUUGUGAGAAAUUGUGGAAAUCAAAAGAUUUCUCGAUUGGAUGAUCUCAGAGCAUCGGUUUUUAUGUAAUCAUCUCCGGUUUGCUGUGUCGUGAAGAAAAUAAACGCUCUUUUUUUGGCUUUUGUUGCUUAAAUGAGAGUGUAAUGUAUUCUUGGGAAGAACUGCCUAUUUGUGUGCCUGUUAAAUGUAUUUGUUGGACCCUUUUGGUUGAUUAUU